GCUACUUAUCUUUCUCUCCCCCCCCCCCCCCCCCAUGUCCACGAUUUCGAGGCGGCUGGGGCCCUCAGCUACAUGUAGUAGUAAGACGAAAGAGACGAGGAGAAAUUGAGUUGUUGACGAGGUUGAAUACAUGUAGACGAUUUCUCAAACUGGCGGGCGAGAUAUUCUGUGCACUCGUAGUACAUGUAGAAGAUGAGGAUGCUCCAGCAACUGAUCAGUGAUGGAUGGUGAAACAAGAGCCAGCAGUAGCAAAGCUGGUCGACGUGUCGUGGAGUCAUACACAUUCGAACGGCAGGAAGAAAAGGCUUUCCUGGAGCGAGUCACUGACUUGUUUCAGUCGUAUAGCAACCAGGAUGGCAGCUGCAGUCAGCCAGAGCCUGUGUCAUGGAUCAGCUUCUUGCAAGCAGACUGCUUGACAGAAUGGUGGCUGUAUAGAGCCUGCUACCAGGGGCCUGCCGGCAGCAGCAGUUCCAAGAUACGGCCGGACGCCAAUACUCCACCGCCGUGCUCCUUUGUUGCACUGUCGACUCCAUCUUGCCUGCAGAUAUGGACAGUGGAGAACAGUGGGUGUGCUCGUGAGCUGCUGGCUGUUAGCAGUGGCCUGUGCCGCCAAGCGUGUUUGCUGCCCUCACCCUCUCGGGCAGGCAGGGACAGUUUUAGUAGGGAUCGUCCGCUCGUUGCCCUGGUCCAGCAGGACUCAUCCGAACGGAGUUCUGGUGCAUUCACUGUCCUUACUUUCUACUCACUUCUCACUAGUAAACUGAUGCAGACGCUCACGUUUUCUGCAGAGAUUCUCAACGUGCUAGCCAACAGUCGUGUGGUUGCUGUGUCAACACGUCUUGAAGUGGCCUUGCUCAACGCAGCCAGUCUUGAGCAGCGUCUUGUUAAAGUAAGUAGUGUAGCUUCUCCGUUCAAUGCCCUGGCUCUGGGAGAUCAGUGGCUUGCGUUCACUGAACAUGAGUUACACUCACGGUAUAGUUCCCGCGGUGGCGUCAGCGACAAUCAGCAAACCACCUACACCGCUGCCGUGCUGAAUGCAGCCAAGUCGAGCGCUGCAGCAGUUGGCUAUGGCAUCGGUGCUAUUGGAAGUGCUAUCGGGCGUAUGGCCAUGAGGACGACUUCUCAGUCUGGACCAGCACAGCCCGGCACUGCCAAUAACUGUUCAUCAGGUGAUCCUGGCGUGGGUAUAGUGACGAUAGUCGACACGGCUACUCUAGUUCCGUUAUCACAUGAUGAGCCGAAGGAAGCAAAGAAGUCUGCUGUUAGCAUUUCUGGCCAGGACAAUGCUCUUUGCUGCAUUGUUGCACAUUUCAAGGCACAUUCGAAUGAGUCACUGGGCUUACUGCAGUUUGAUUCCUCGGGCACCAUGCUCGUCGCGUGUGGCUCUGCAGGCCGUCACUUCAAUCUCUAUCGCAUUGACAACCAGAGCUCGGCGAGCAGUUGCGAGACUAUGGUCCAUCACCUGUACAGCUUGUACCGGGGAGACACCUCUGCCAUGGUUCACGGUGCAUCCUUCUCAGCCGAUUCCCGGUGGCUGAGCGUCACCACCGACCAUGGCACAUCCCAUGUCUUUGCUAUCCUCCCUGACGGCGGUGGACCGGCAACGCUGACCUCGCAUUCAGCAUCCCUACCCAACAACUCCUCUCUGUUUGAGAGCAGCAGCGGAUCGUCUGGACAGUGUUCCGUGUCAGCAGCGACAUCCGCAGUGCCUCCCCGUGAGGCUGGCUCUACUCCAGUGCUCUCCAGGCAUGGCAGCAGUAUCAGUAGCAGCAGUAGCAGCAUCAGCAGUAGCAGUGCAAUGCACCUGACAAGUGUUGAGCAACUAGCCACUGGCCAUCCCCAGUACGGUGCCUGGCUAGCCACGUCCGCACGGCAUCCUGUCAUUGCGUGCACUCACUUGGAAGCCGCCACCCUGAUCAAGCCAGUGAACGAUCUUCCGGCAUCUACUGCCGCAGCCUUUCCAGUUUCAUCAGCACAAGCCACAUCCGGCAAUGCUGAUCAAAAAAGCUGGUCUUCACCCGGACCCUUGAUAUCGUCCGCAAUCUUCAGACGCGGAGGUGGUCAGCAUGGCAUGCCAUCUAUUCUGGUGUACUCUCUGUCCCAACACGCUCUGAUCGACUACAGCAUAUCCAUCUCGUCGGAUACUGAAGAAGGCGCCAUUUCCGGCCUGGUAUCUGUCAUUGCCACAGCGAAGCAAGCAUGGCCACUGCUACGGCGCACAGAUGCUGAAUUCACCAAGCACUGUGCCACAAUGCCCAUGGAAGAAUUCAGAAAAGAAAUGCUAUCGCGUGACUUCAGCACUGCUUCCAAUUCUGGGGUGACUGGCCAGCAAGUGUUUUCUUGGCAUGGCGGCUCAGCCGAGUUACAGCAGAGCAACGAGAUGUGCCUGGCCGCUUUCCGACCGCUUACAUCCUGCAUGCCCUAUCGUCUUCUUCUCAACGGGCCACAGUUCGAGUUCCAGAAUGGUGGUAGUGGGGAUGAGAUAAGUGUUGACAAAACUAGCACGGACUUGUCAUCUAAUGUUGGUGUUAUGCUUGUGGAUGGGCCAUGGCGCGGUAUCAUACCCGAAAAUCAGUAUACCAAUGGUCAGCUGCCUGAGGAACAGCUUGAAGCGCUUCGUGCUGCAACCGCUCCUGUCUGUGAAUGAGACUCUUGAUGGCCAGUGGCACGUGUAUUGCGCAGUUCUGACGCAUUCUCGUUUCAUUUUUCCCAAGUACACUGCAUGUACACUGUAUUUAUAAAUCCUUUUUCAUAUCUCAGCUAUAUAAUACUGAUCAAUCAUCUCAGAGCAGUGUAACUAUAUUGGGCUGCUCGCGCACUUUCUGCAGGUUUUCUUUGCUGUGUUCUAAGCCAAUGCCUAUUCCAACGGGCAGUUUGAACUAGCAUCAGCCAAUAUCCAUAAAUUAUUAGAGCAUCGCUCUCCAUGCAACACACUGCAGCAUUGCUGUUAGAGAGCCAUGAUUUAGCGUGCCCAGGCCCUGCUCAUUUGAGCACUAUUCAGCUUAUUCAUUCACUUUAGUGGGUUUUUAGUGAUUUUUAGAGAGUUGUGACAUAACAAUGAUUAUGACUUCAUCUCGUAAAGAAUUUUAAUUUGUGUUCCUGUUUUUUUUCUGCUACUUGACUUGGCCACGGGCAUAGGACAUACAUUACAUCGUAAUGCACACAUACAUAGCAGUGCCGGUUGGCUGUCUUAUAGUGACGGUGGCAUGGCCUGAGAGUCAGCGGUGUGAGCAGAUUGCUCCUUUUACCCCAUAACUCCUGUUUCUUACUGUA